AUGAACCACAAAGACGUCCUUCCGUCCUUCAUCCAGAAGAACGGGCUCCCGCGGAAGACCGGUCUGUCGCGGUCGCAGAUUAAUCUGAGCGACAUCGGCCUGUCGGCGGUGGAGAUUGAUCUGGGCGACUUACGGCGUAAUCUACCGCUUCCGGCGCUUAAGACCACCGUGAAUAAUCCAGCCAGCGCGGGAUUUGGGUAUCUCCGGCAGGCCAACCAUGUUCCGGUGUCCCUGGCCAACGGCCACCACCGGCCGCACCAGAACGGCUACCAUCAACAGCAGAGCCGGUUCAGCUUGGAGCGAGUCAGCUAUCAACCGGCGCUGCAAAUUCCACCGCACCCCUCCUACCGUUCCUCCGUCAGCUCCGAAGAGAGCGCCGGUUCCCCGCUGCGCCCACCGCCCUUAUACGAGAACUCCGUGCGGCAGUCGCCCUUAUUCAACAACGUCAUCCAAUCCCCGCCGGACUACAACGCCCACAUGUCCCGGCCCUCGCCGGUCAGCUCCAUGCAGGCCACCUCCCCGGCGCUGGCCCUUACCGCGGUCAAAGCCGUGGAGGUCAGCAAACCCUUCGUACAGCACGCCGUCGCCCCGGAGGCGGUGCGCAGCAAGAAGCCCGCCACCCCGGUGUACCAAUCCCCCAGUCCCAGCGGGCUGGAGUAUCUCCCGCAGGAACCCGUCGGAGUGCUGGCCACCGGGCGUUGCGAACCCGUCCUCCCGGGGAAACUGCGCUCCGGGACGUUCGGGGUCAACGUCAUGACCUCCCCGGAGGUGGAGAAGGACGACAGCCACGAAGUGGUGUCCGGGGAGUUUGUGCGGACCUUCCAGAACCCCUACGCCCACUUCUCCCCGGAUGCCUACAAGUUCUACAUCGAGCAGCACAUCGACUCCAUCAUGAAGGUGCACGCCAGUCGGGCGCGGCGCCGCAUGAAGCUGGAGCGGGAGAUGGCGCUGAUGCGGCUGUCGGAGACGGCGGCGGAGGAGUGUAUUCGCCGGCUGCGCAAUCAGGAGUCGAAUUAUCUGCGGCGCUCGCGGGUAAAGUUGGAUAAGGAUAAUUUUGAGAAGAUUCGGAAGAUCGGGGUGGGCGCCUUCGGGGAGGUGACGCUGGUGCGCAAGAUGGGCACGGAUCUGCUGUACGCGAUGAAGACACUGCGGAAGAGUCACAUCUGGGAGAAGAACCAGCUCGGCCACGUGAUGGCCGAGCGGGACAUCCUGGCGGAGGCGGACAUUGAGUGGGUGGUGAAGCUGUUCUACUCCUUCCAGGACACCGAGUGUCUAUACUUCGUCAUGGAGUACGUGCCCGGUGGUGAUCUCAUGAGUCUCCUGGUCAAACUCGGGCAGUUCGACGAGAAUCUGGCCCGAUUCUACAUCGGCGAGCUGGUGUGCGCCAUCGGCAGCGUCCACGCCAUCGGUUUCAUCCACCGCGACAUCAAACCCGACAACAUCCUCAUCGACCGGCACGGCCACCUCAAACUGACCGAUUUCGGCCUGUGCACCGGCUUCCACUGGACCCAUCGUUCGCAGAACUACAACUUCAUCGGUCCGGGACCCAAACGCGAGCUGGACGAUAGCAUCCACGUGCGCACGGACUCCCUGGCCUGGCAGAACCGGGAGGCGGUGAAGACGGUGGAGGGCGGGGCCAAUCGCAGUCGGAGAGAACCCCGAAGGGGAGCGCUGUCCAGGCGGGGCAGCGGCGGGGAUGGGCAGAUGCUGAAGCGGCUGUACGCGCAUUCCCAGGUGGGGACGCCCAACUACAUGGCCCCGGAAGUGCUGCUCAGCAGCGACAAUGCCGGUUACACUCAAGUCUGUGAUUGGUGGAGUGUGGGUGUGAUACUUUACGAAAUGCUCUGCGGUCGGCCGCCGUUCUACGCGAAAACCCCGGAGGAAACCCAGGAAAAGGUGAUUUACUGGCAGCAGCAUCUGGACGUGGACAGCUACCCGUUGUCCGCCGAGGCCCGCGAUCUGAUCCUGUGCUUGUGUAGCGACGCCGAGGACCGUCUCGGCAACGGUUUCUCCCCCUACGCCCCGUCCCCCGAUCCCCUCGUGCCCAGCACGGUGCGCGGCUGCGAGGAGAUCAAGAACCAUCCCUUCUUCCACGGACUGGACUUGCGGAGUAUCCGCAAACAGCUGUCGCCGCAUCGGCCGCAGCUGCAGCAUGAUCUGGACACGUCCAACUUCGAGGAUUUCACCGACACGCCCUCCCCGGUGGAAGGGUGGGGCGGGCACAGUGGGGAGGAGGAGAACUGGGCGGGGAUUCAGCCGUUCCUGCAUUUCACCUUUAGAAGGUUUUUCGAUAACGGUGGCGAGGAAGAGCGGACGCCGCGGCUGAUGCUGAAAGAGCCGCCCAGUUACGAGAAAGCCGUCAGCCCCGCGGAAGGCAGUGAGACGGGGAAGAAGAAGGCCAAAGAGGCCGUUUACGUGUGAUGAUGCUGUUUUAGGUGGUGUGCGCAUUUGUAAUUAUUAGUGCUAAUUACCUAGAUCUGAUACUAAUUGCCCUUGCAAAUUGCUGAAUGCGGUCUUGUUGAUCCUGCUGUGGUUGAAGUGAAAUAAGGCUGCGUUACUAUACGACAAGAAUGCUGCUAUACGUACGUAUUAUUAUGUAUGGA